UCUCCCUUUGCUACUCUCCGGAAUGAAGAAUGAACAUUCAGUCUUUCUUGGUUUUUGAAAAUAGUGAUUCUAGUCUGUAUUUCUUAUUUAAAACAAUUUUUUCAUGUAUGCUUAGCAUGGUUUUACUUAGUGUCAUGGUAUAUAUGUAGUAGUCAUCUAUCAGAGGGAUCGCUCUUCUGAAAAAUCAUGGAAAAACCUGAAAAGUACUUUGAGGGCUGCGGUCAAGAAGGUCCCAUUCGAUGCAUAUUUUUAUGUGAAUUUCACCAUGUAGCAGGUCCAAAAAUAACAUGUCAGAUCCCUGAGGACUAUAUUUCAAAAGACACAUUUGAGUCAGUGAGUGUUUAUAUCAUCCCUAAAGCUCAACUUCAAAGAAGCACAUUAACUAUAACAAUUCUUGGUCAUAAAAUUCUUGGAUUUCCAGUUAGAAUAGACAAUAAGAAAUAUGCUCGUAAUGCAUUUUACUUUAACCUCUGCUUCGUAUUUGAUGCUUGGGCUCGCACUGUUCAAUAUGAACCUGUCGUCAAAAAGCUCUCAGACUAUCUGACAGAAAUGGAAGUUGAAAGCAAUUUUUUAUCCCUACAAGAUGAAUCGGAAACAGAGAAAAAACGGUUGUGCAGCAUGUUAACACAAGUUCUACUGGAUCUCAAUCGACAAAAAAUGUGCACUCUCUCUGAGGGGAAAGCUACAACUCACCUGAAAGUAGUAAAAAUUUCCUGUGAUCCCCCACCAGUAUAUGAUUAUCAGGUGCCUGUCUUUGUGGAACCCUUGGAAAAGUUUCAGUCAGAGCAAUGGGAUCUUACUACUCAACAGAUUUUGCCUUUCAUAGACGGAUUCAAUCAUGUUGCAAAAAUAGCCUCUGAGGCAGAUGUUGAAAAUAAUCUAGUCAAGUCAUGUUUACAAAAUUUGCUCUACUACGGUGUGGUCAGCUUAAUUCCUAUAUUCCAGUAUUCCAAUAUGUACGCUGCUACGCCAAAAAUACGGAAAUUAAGUACAGAAAGAUCUCUGCAAGAAAGUUGUGUCCGAGCAGCAGCAUUGGCAGGCAGUCCCUUUCCAACGGUGAAAAAUAUUCUCAGGCUGCUUUGCUCCAUGACUCAUGGUACUACAGUCCGGGACAUUUGUCUUAGGUAUAAUCCAUCCACAUUAAAUAUAGACAUCUGUAAAUUAGUACAAUUUGCUGUACUGCAAGGACUUAUUCGAAAAAUUCGUAAGUAUCCAGUUUCUAUGAAUAAUAGCAAUUUGAAUGGACUCAGGUGUAUGGAUGAACUUUGCGUUGCUGCAACUACAAGCUCUCGGCAACUGGAGCAACAGCUUGAAGGAGAUUCUUCAGUAUUCUUUAUUUGGAAAUAAAUUUAAACCUUUUUACAGAGAAAAAGGUUGUCGAGAAAAUUCCUCGACUUCUCAGGGAUUUCGUACGUUAAAUUUCCUGACUAUUUGAUGUACUAUCAUCUGGAUUUCUCAUAAAAUAAUUUGUAUUAAGAAUUUUAAUGCAAGACCUCUUGAAAUUGAAAAAAUGUAUGUUUUAACUGGAAGGAAAGUUUUCAUGGUUCCACGAAAAAUACCCUGACUUCUCCACGACUUUCCAGAGUUUGGUAAAUUACUCUAACUUUUCCAGGUUUUCAACUUGUAACCCUGUUAAUCGAUUUGCAGGUUGUUUGCAUUUCAUUUUUGAGAAUCUUUUCGUGUGUCUAACUUAUACUUCCUCGCAUACUGUGUAGUCAAUUUUACAAAUGUCUGAUUUUUUGUUGACGCUGAUAUUUUUUUCCCUAAUACUUUUGCUUAAAAAUUGUGUCAACAUUGAACUUGUGGAAUGGUAGUGUCAUGUUAUGUACUGUUGUUCAAAGAAUGGCUGUUGUAAGGAGCCAAGUUUGACCUUACUGUGAAUUUUUAAAAUGUUGUCGCAACUUUCAACAAUUCUGAAGGUUAUUGCAAUGGCUGCCAACCAACCUAUGACCAAGGAAAAGUAAUCUUGCUGAAGACGCCAACAUCAGAAUUGGCGAAACGUGUCUGCUCUCAGUAACCAAAAGCGUGAGUGAUCAGAAAUUGUCUAAUCUUUCCAUUAAAGCAUUAAACGCUUGUGUGGUUUUGGAAUAGAUUUAAUACUCUAAAUUGCUGAAAUCUGCUGUGCGUAGAAGUGGUGCCAAUUUGUAUAACUAAAACUGGCAGCUUUGUGCAAUGAAAGCCUCAAAGGCAGCAAUAUGUCUAAUAAUUGUAAGCAUUUACCAUUCAAACCUAGUACCUGAAUUUUGUAUAAAAUUUCUUAGAUCAAGUAAAAUAAAGUGAAUUUUAUGAACUGAA